AAGUUGAGUUGAUCACCAGGUUCUUGCCUAUGCUGAUGUCCUUUGUGGUGGAUGACCACACGUUCAACGUAGAUCAGAAGCUGCCCUCAGAGGAGAAGGGACCAAUUCCCUACCCCAGCACCAUCCCUGAAGCUUUCACCAAAUUCUUGCAGGAGAACAGAAUAGCUUGUGAGAUUGGGCUGUAUUACAUCCUUCACAUCACUAAACAGAGGAACAAGAAUGCUUUCCUCAGGCUCCUGCCAGCACUAGUUGAGACAUUCAGUGACUUGGCCUUCGGUGAUAUCUUUCUGCAUCUGCUUACUGGAAACCUGACGCUGCUGGGUGAGGAAUUUGCACUUGAGGAAUUCUGCACCAGUCUCUUUGACAACUUCUUUCUCAGUGCCUGCUCAAGAAAGGAGAAUGUACACAGACAUGUGCUAAGGCUGCUGCUUCAUCUGCAUCACAAAGUGGCACCUGCGAAAUUGGAGUCUCUCCAGAAGGCUUUGGAGCCCACCAAGCAGAGUGGGGAAGCUGUGAAGGAGCUUUACAACCUACUCACUGAGAAGCUGGAGCUUCGGAAGCCGAGUCCAGCCGAAGUGACUGAGACCCCCUCCAUGGAGCUGCCUCUGCCCACUGUGCCCACACCAGCCUCACGCUGAGCUCUGCCUGAGUGACACAAGAGAGGAACUAUCGUGUGCUCUGCAGCGUGAAGGCACUGUGCUGCCUUUCAAGUGUCUCUGCCUACAGGGUGAAAACCAAACCAAAAGCCAUUCGAGCUCUUCCAGGAAACACUGCAGAUUACCCACCCCACUGGCUCUUGCUGGUUAGAAAACUGUAUGCAGUGCAUUGCAAAGGUUUACUUUUCUUAAAGAUAGCUGAGUGUCGUCUUGUAGAUCCACUUUAAAAUCUGACUUU